CAUCCCACGUCUUCUUCCGUAGGUCUUCAGUCAUGUCAGGCCGAGGGAAACAAGGAGGCAAAGCUCGCGCUAAGGCUAAGACGCGGUCUUCUCGGGCUGGACUCCAGUUCCCAGUGGGCCGCGUCCAUCGCUUGCUCCGCAAGGGUAAUUAUGCCGAACGGGUUGGCGCUGGAGCACCUGUCUACAUGGCAGCUGUGCUCGAAUACCUCACAGCAGAGAUCCUGGAGCUGGCAGGCAAUGCUGCUAGAGACAAUAAAAAAACGCGCAUCAUUCCUCGCCAUCUGCAGCUAGCCAUCCGCAACGACGAAGAACUCAACAAGCUUCUGGGUAGAGUGACCAUUGCCCAGGGCGGUGUUCUUCCUAAUAUACAAGCGGUCCUCCUCCCCAAGAAAACUGAAAGCCACAAACCCAAGAGCAAGUGAUUAGUUCGGCUGUAAAAAUUGCACGUUAACACCAAAGACAAAAGGCUCUUUUAAGAGCCAUCAAUUACAUCAAAGGAAGAGCUGGCAUACAUUAAUUUACCAAUACCAUUUUUUUUAAUUUCGCUUAUUAGUGAUAGUAGCCCCUUAAUCUGAUAGGUGAGGGUGGCUCUUAAAAGAGCCGUUUGGGGGGGGUGGAGGGACAAAUCUAGUCCCCCUUAAC